CGAGCGCGCUUUCAGUUAUUGUCGCGAUCCCAAAACGGCGAGCUGCGUCCAAUUAUUUUUUUUGAUAGAUUUACACUAAAUAUUCAUCAUGGCAGAUGUUUCUGGUGUGACAGAAUUAUUAGCAAAAACAUCAGUUGAUCAACUCAUAGAAGUGUCAUUCUCUGGAAAAGGACUGAAGCUGAAUUCGGCAGAAGAUGCUAAGGAAGUUGUUGCAGCAAUAAAAGCCUGUGAUGGGAUGCAGUCAUUGAAGCUGAAUGGCAACACAGUUGGUGUGGAGGCAGCGAAGGCACUUGCAAAGUCACUCGAAUCUAAACCAGAGUUUCAGAGGGCGAGAUGGAGUGACAUGUUUACAGGGAGGUUACGAGCUGAAAUACCCCCAGCAUUGAUGAGUCUUGGUGCUGGCAUCAUGACAGCUGGGGCACACUUGGUGGAGCUUGACCUGAGUGAUAACGCGUUUGGUCCGGACGGAGUGAAGGCUGUUAGGGAAUUAUUAGAGAGUACAUCCUGCUACACACUCAGUGAGAUGAGGUUUAACAACAAUGGUCUUGGCAUUGGUGGAAAGUUAAUGGCAGAAGCCUUGAUCACGUGUCAUGAGAAGAGUACUAAGGCAGGCAAACCUCUGGCUCUCAAGGUUUUUAUAGCUGGAAGAAAUAGGCUAGAGAACCCUGGGGCAAUUGCAUUAGCCAAGGCUUUCAAGACAAUAGGAACAUUAGAAGAGAUUGCCAUGCCUCAGAAUGGUAUCAACCAUGAAGGUAUAACAGCACUUGCAGAAGCAGUAGAACACAGUCACAAUCUCAAGAUCCUGAAUUUAAAUGACAACACAUUCACAGCAAAGGGAGCGAUACCAAUGGCAAAGGCUGUAAAGAAUCUAAAGAAGUUAGAAGUGAUUAACUUUGGUGAUUGUUUGGUGAGAUCAGAAGGAGCAGAUGCUAUUGCAGACAGUCUGAGGGAAGGAGUUCCUAAUCUCAAGGAACUGAAUCUGGCAUUCGGUGAGAUCAAGAGGGAAUCCGCUGUCAGAGUAGCCGAGAGUAUGGACACCAAACCACAUCUGAAACUGCUCGACCUCAAUGGGAACAGUAUAGGAGAAGAAGGCAUAGAGUUAAUCCAAGGAAUCAUGGAUGCUAACAAUCAUGCUGAUGCUCUAGGAACCAUGAGCGACGACGAAGGAUCGGAUGAGGAGGAAGACGACGACGAUGACGAGUACGAAGAUGUGGAGGACGACGAGGAUGUCGAAGAUGAGAAAGGGGGACUGGAAUCCAAAGAUCCUCAUCUCCAAAUCAAAGGAACGGCCAUCUCACCAAGGAGAGAGGAACCAAAGUAUAUGAUCCCAGUCACGGCAGCAGACUUUCUAGCAUUCCCUACUGCCGAUAAGCUACAAGCUCUCGGGAACCAGCGUGCAGAGAAGAUUCUUCAGGAGCUAGGGGAUGAGGUUUAUGAGGAGUCGGCCGGUGUCAAGGCAUUCGUGAAGAUCUCGUCUGUGAUGGACCAGAAGAAUAAUAAUGUCAAAAAUGCAGUCUAUCAAUGCGCAGAUGCCAUUCUGAAGAAGCUAUUUGAUAAAUGCAAAGCUGAAACUGUUGUGAAUUCUGUUCUGGUUCAUCUUGGCCUGAUCAAGGGAGAAGAGAAGCUGAAGCCGGUUGGAGAUCCCUCAGGAAUGCUUCUGACUCUAGAACAUGCUGUCAAACAACACUACUAUCCCAAGAGCACAGCACAGAUCUUCAAGGCUUUCCUCUCAAAACCUGAUAACAGGAUCGAUAGAUGCGUCAAAGAGAAACAUCUUUUGCUACAAGCACUCUUUCAGCUUUGAACAGCACUGUUUACUUCGUCUCAACUGACGCUAUGGACUCUUUAUUGAAACCUUGUAAUGGGAGAUACAAUACAUUCCGCAUUGUUUUGUCCCAAGAAUAAGUUUUCAUUUUUGAAUAUUAAAGCAAUCUUUUUUUCUGUUUAUCUUGGAUCAUGGCAUGAUUUAAUUUGUUUCAAAGGAAGGAAGAUGACUUUU